CAAAGCGAAGAUUGGUAUAAUCAUACUAUUUAUUUUCAGACACAUAUAAAUACACCUAAUGCCCUUCUGAAUACUCCCAUUUUCCCAGAUAGCGCGUAAAAAAAAAAUUAUCAUAUACACAGAGAAUUUUUUUUUUUUUUUAAUCAAAUCGAAAAAAAAAAUAUCAGUUUUUUUGGUAGGGUUUUGUAUUGUUAAGCUCUGGAUUCUCCUUUUCUACCUUCCGUGGCUUCUCUAGGUUAUGCCUUUUCUCCUUCAGGAUUUGGUAGAGUACAAUUCCAGGGCAUUAAUAUUACUUAGGACAUGGAGCAAUUGUACCUCUGCUCAGAUCUCUUCGAGAGCCGAGCUUUUUCAUUUCAGGAAGUCCUUGAUUGGCGGUUCCUCAUCCCUGGAGAUUUCCUUCUUGUUUCUUUUGUCAAUUGCACUUAGUGAACAACUUCUAUUGAAUUCUCAGUACAAGAGGUCAAAUGCGAAUUCUUUAUAAGCUAGGUGUUGAAUGUUUCGUUCAAUUCCACAAGUAAGCUGCAGACCUUGUUAUGAUGUCAGUUGUUACUGUACUGUUAACUACCUCGGCAAGUUUACUGUUGCUAGUUCAUCACCAGCAAAACACCCAAUCUGGAUCCUUUGAAACCUACCUCUGAGGGUGGGCUAAAUUCAGCAGAUGUUUCCAUGCAUCGUUGAGAGUUAAUCUGUAUUUUACACACUUUUUCGUAGUUUCUAGGAGCCUUCAUCAGGAUUUGGUUAAUUGGAGUAUCGGUAUCAGAGUAUAACAUAGUUGAAGCAAGGAGCUAGUGACUUUUGAGAGACACUUUCAACAAGAUUAUUGAGCUGAUAAUUCAUCCUGUUGAAUUGGGCUUGUUUCGGGUCUCAAUUAGUUGUGAAGUGAGAUCAAAAUGCUCUUCAGCAUCUAUGUUUCCUUGCUUUCUCUGCUCUGUUAUGAUAGUGGUUUAUUUGAUGUGGUUUAUUUGAUGAAUAAGGCUGUGAAGCCCAUCCAUCUUAUCACUACUGGUUUUGCCUUCGUCUCUGCUGCAGCAGAAAACUAACGGUUGAUUUUGCUGAAUCUGUCAGCCUACUAGUUCCUAUUUACUAAAUUCUCUUUUCCAGUCGACUAGUGAAGAGGAACAACUCCACUUUGUUUUUAUUCUCUCUCUACUUCUCCAAUAAUCAGGUGUCCUUUGUGCUAUUGAAACAGAAGCAAAAUGGAAAGGUACAAGAUAAUUAAGGAAGUUGGUAAUGGUACAUUUGGGAGUGUGUGGCGAGCUUUGAAUAAACAGACUGGUGAAGUGGUUGCAAUUAAGAAAAUGAAGAAGAAGUAUUAUUCUUGGGAAGAAUGCAUCAACUUGAGAGAAGUCAAGUCAUUGAGGAAAAUGAGCCAUCCAAACAUCGUUAAGCUCAAGGAAGUGAUUAGGGAAAAUGACAUUUUGUAUUUUGUGUUUGAAUACAUGGAGUGCAACUUAUAUCACCUUAUGAAGGAUAGGCCUAAGCUUUUCUUAGAGUCAGAAGUGAGAAAUUGGUGCUUCCAAAUAUUUCAAGGUCUUGCGUACAUGCAUCAACGUGGAUAUUUUCAUCGCGACCUUAAGCCAGAGAACUUGUUGGUUUCAAAAGAUACAAUAAAAAUUGCUGAUUUUGGACUUGCUCGGGAGAUCAAUUCUCAGCCCCCGUACACGGAAUAUGUCUCAACACGCUGGUAUCGUGCCCCUGAAGUUCUUCUACAAUCACCAAUAUAUGGUCCUGCUGUUGAUAUGUGGGCAAUGGGUGCAAUAAUGGCUGAGUUAUUAACUCUUCGUCCUCUGUUCCCCGGUUCAAGUGAAGCAGAUGAGAUUUACAAAAUAUGCAGUGUUAUAGGUACUCCAUCAAAGAGUGAAUGGGCUCAUGGGCACGAACUUGCUGCUGCUAUUAACUACCAGUUUCCACAGAUCCCUGGAGUAAAUCUAUCUAUAUUGCUCCCAUCUGCCAGUGAUGAUGCAGUUAAUCUAAUCACUUCCCUUUGUUCCUGGGAUCCUCUCAAGAGGCCGACAGCAGCUGAGGUUCUUCAGCACCGUUUCUUCCAGAGUUGCUUUUAUGUACCUCCAUCAUUACGCUCUAAGACUGCUGUUGCUAGGACGCCUCCAGCUGCUGGAAUGAAGGGUUCCUCCGAGCAAAAAACCAACAGGUGGUCUUCCAGUACUUUAACCAACCCAAAGCCUAGAAGCAACUUCUCUCCUGUCAAGCCGCAAAUUAGCCCAGGUGUCCAAAGGAAGUUGCAAAUGAAUAAUCAGGAUGCAACUAGGAAUGACAAACCAUCCCCGAAAGGGUCUUCUAUUAAACAACCACUAGCAAAAUAUCGCCCUCCUGCAAGGAAUGUCCCUGUGAAAACUCGCGUCUCUGAUGCUGCUGAGAAGCUAGGCAACAUGACCAUCGGCUCUGGUAGAACAUCAAUUAAGCAACAGCCAUUCCCUCAACCUAUGAAGGCCGGAGGGUUACAUGGGCAGCAUGACCUGUUCAUGGGACGAUCUCAAGAUAUUCUUCCCGGAAGAAACUAUUCAAGGAAAGUCGCUGGAUGAAAUACAUAUCGUCGUAUCUGUGUGUGUGGUUUGUUAUUGGUGCGUUCGAAUAAUAUUGUUGUGUGCGCUCGUUUGGUGAGUAGCGGUUUUAUACGUUGCCGGUUUGUUUCCUUUCGGUUACAAGAGUAAAAUGUUGGUACUGGUUAAGUAAAUGUUGUGGUUGUGUUUGAAAAUAGCUUGACCAGUAUAUUUGCUAUAAAAUAAAUGGUGUGAUGUUGGACUA